UUAAGAGUCUAUAAUAAGUAGUUUUGAAAUUAUUAUAUUGUGUAAUGUGCAUUUUGAAAAACAAAAAUUUAUUUCACUUCUUCCGGCGCUUCCGCAAAUUUUUUGGGUUCGUUGCAGGUAUACCCCACAGGAACGGCCUAACAUUUUAUUUUUCAAUUCAAUUAUUUUUGUUUCAUAAAUACAGACUUGUGGACCAUUUUUUAUGACAUUGUGGGAAUAAUAUCGAAACCAACUAGAAAUUGUUAAAUACACUUGUUGUUAUAAAAAUGUCUGCAAUUCAUAUUACUAUUUUAAAUGUGUUAAUAGUAUGCCUUCGCUUAGUCUCAGCAAGUUAAAUGUUACAGCAUCAACAAAGGCAUGCAUGAAAUUGUCACGAAAUCCAUAGAAGAAAUGGCGAUCGACUAUGACGAUGACAAAAAUGCUAUGUUAGCUCUAGAAACAAAAGAAAAUGUACAUUUCUACGAUGAUUUUUAUGAUGAAUUUGACCCUCGAAGUAAUCAGCAGCAGUCUAUGAACAUGAUAUUCUUUGGUCCGCCUAUUUCUUUCAUGAGGAUCGAUCCAGAAACAAUCCUUCAUAUUUUAAUGUAUACUAAAAGACAUUUGAUACCUGUUUCUAGAGCUUUAUUAGCAUGGGAUAUUGUUACAGAUGGAAAAACUGCAGCCUUUUUGCAAGGUCGUGAAUAUGUAGCGUUUUCAAGUCUUCUAAAUGUAGUCCCAGAGGAAGAUUUGUAUUAUGCUAACUUUGGGGACAAUACUGUACUUAAUUAUUUUUCCAGUACUUUCGUGGAUUUGAACAAUCGCAAGUUUGGUGUUCUAGUAGCUGCAUUUAGAAGAUAUUAUGGGGAUAUGUGGUAUGAUAACAGUACAAUUAUAAAUAAACUAGGCUACAUGAUAUGCGGUUUUCCAUCUUUUGAUCUUCAAAAUAUUAGUCCUGUAAUAUUCAAAGAGAUAACCGUUGAUGUUCUAAGUAGACUACGGAGAUGUAACCCUGGCCAAAUGAAGACACUUUAUAACAUAGCAACGCAUCCAUUAGCUUAUGGAGAGCCAUAUAAAUGGUCAUCACAUGAAAUUAUAAGACUUGAUAACUUGUUCAAUUGCAUUCCAGAGGAAGAUAUUGGGUCCUUACAACUAGAAGCAAUAUCAGCUAUAUCUCCUGCAGUGAUGAAAUCGAUGAAACAAGAAAAGUUAGAUUAUUUUACGAAAGAACAAAUACAACGUAUGCAUCCUAAAACAAGACGUAUUUUUAUUUUAAGAAUGCAGUUGAGUGUCAGUCUCGAUAUGAAUUUGAUAACAAACCGAGGACCUGUACUGGGUUUCGUUACUAUUUUAAAAUUUGUAGUUUGUCUUAUUUUUCUGUUAACUUAAUUGAAGUUAUAUUUAUAUUAAAUGUUUUGUUUGCACGGAAAAUAAAGAAUUUGUU